AUGGCUGACAGCAAUGCAGUACAGAACCCUCCAAGGACGUUGGGAGAUUACAUGACCCCAGCUCGAGUUCCUCAGACAACGAGCAUUGUUAGACUAACCGUGGAUGCUAACAACUUCGAGCUCAAGCCAGCACUGUUCCAACUAAUUCAAAAAGAUCAGUUCGCUGGAAGAAGCACGAAAGAUCCCUAUGUUCAUCUUGAUAAUUUUCUGCUCUACUGCGAUACAUUAAAGAUGAAUGGAGUCUCGCGUGACGCCAUCUUGCUCAGACUAUUUCCAUGCUCACUGAAGGAUGAUGCAAGAGCUUGGCUUCCAUCACUGCCUGAAGGAAGCAUCACCCAUUGGGAUGACUUAGUAAUGAAGUUCUUGGCUAGAUUCUUCUUAGCUUCAAAAAUGGCAAGAUUCAAAUUAGAGAUCACGGAUUUUGAACAAAAAGAAAGUGAAUCUUUAUACGAGGCAUGGGAAAGGUUUAAAGGACUACUCCGAAAGUGUCCUCAACAUGGCAUUGAAGCAUGGGAGAGAGGAAGAAUUUUCUUCCAAGGAAUGACGCCAAGUACAAGAACACUGGUGAAUGCUGCAGCAGGAGGAUCGUUGAAAACAAAAACUCCAGAGGAAGCAUUGGACUUGUUGGAAUCUUUAGCUUCUCAGGAGUAUGACAAUGCUCCAGUCACACAAAGGAGAGCGGGAAUCAUGAAGCUUGACGGCUAUGAUGCAAUCUUGGCUCAAAAUGAACAAAUACUGCAAAUUAAUAAGAAACAACAAGAACAAUUAGAUGCUCUUACAAAGCAAUUUAAUCUUUCUCAAAUUUCUUCUGUUAAUAAUUCUCAAGUUAAAUGUAGUAUUUGUGCAGAUGCUCAUGCAACUGAAGACUGCGACUACAUGAGAACAACUGAAAAGCCACCAGCAGAAGUCAACGGUAUCUUUUACAAAUCAACCCAUCAGCUAAAUCCUCCUCUGCCACUGCAACAACAACCCCCACCACAAGAAAACACUUCAGAGUGGGAGAAAGCUUUUGCACAGCUGUCCAAGACCACAUCAGACUACAUUCAGAAUGCAGAUGCCUUCAGAGAUGAAACAAGAGCUUCAUUCCGGAAUCAAGAAGCUUCUAUCUGGAACCUGGAAACUCAGAUUGGCCAGCUAUUAAAACAAUUUACUGAAAGUACCCAUGGCACCUUCCCAAGUAACACAAAUACAAACCCAAAUGCACAAUGUAAUUCAAUUGUUACCAGAAGUGGGAUCGUGAUCCAACCAGUGGAAAAACCGCCAACAAAGAAAAAGAAAGAAGCUGAAAAGGAGAAAGAAGAAGAUGCAGGAGAAGCUGAAAAAAGCAGUCCAGAUAAGAAGCUGUUCAAAUGGGAGAAAAAGAAAGCUCUAGACCGACAACCAAAAUCGACAGAUCUGUCUCCCUAUGCACGAGUCCAUACCCUUAGCUGUUAA